AUAAGCAGAGAAAAGCAAGAGAGCCAAUUCCACCGUCGGUAUUAAAUUCGCCGCCACCUGACGCCGUCGCCUAGCCCGGAAACCUGUUUGUUUUCUUCAGUUCAUCUCCUUUAUCGUUCUUCGCAUGUUUUUUAUGUGAUUAGAUACAAGAAAUAGAUACAUAGCUAUAUGUUAAUUAUAAACACGCACGUAUUUGGUUAAGUGCAAAUUGGGUGAAUUAUCAAUUAAUUCGAUCUGUUCGAGAUGGGCGACUCCACCGCCACGGCCGGCGGUGAUAAUAGUUUGUCGGUGAGAAACGCCGGUGAAGAAGUUUCAAAGCUUGUGGAACAAGGUAAAGAGUUGCAGGAAUCAGCGUCGACCUUAAUUUCUAGAAAUUCGCAGGAGGAAGCAUCGCUACGACAACGAGCCCUAGCGCUGGAUUCAAAUAUCAAAAUGCUCCGCUCGUUCAUUGCUUCUUCCGUCAAGAAAGGAAAUUUAGAUUCCAAACAUGCAGAAAAAUUGGCUGAAGAGCUAAGUAGAGCAAGUUAUACAUUGAGUGAAGGAGAUGCAGCUACAUUUCUUCCCUGCAAAUCACAUGGAAGAUUUUUGAGGUCAUUUCUGGGUCCAAUAAAUGUUCGUGCUAACAGAAAGGAUGUUCAAUUGAAAGUGAAGGAGGAAUACUAUAGUUUCAGGGAUAGAACUGCAUAUCUAUUUCUGUUUUUCCCAUCGUUACUAUUGGUGCUAAGGUCAUGGAUUUGGAAUGGAUGUUUCCCUGCAUUACCUGUCCAGCUUUACCAGGCGUGGUUGCUCUUCCUCUAUACAGGGUUAGCCUUAAGAGAAAAUAUUUUGAGAGUUAAUGGAAGCGAUAUACGUCCAUGGUGGAUAUACCAUCACUAUUGUGCUAUGGGUAUGGCGCUCAUCAGCCUCACUUGGGAGAUAGAAAGGCAACCUGACUGUGCCCAGAAGCAGAAAGGCAUACAAUUGUUUCUGAGAUGGGCAAUCAUGCAAGGAGUAGCGAUGCUUCUACAAAACAGAUAUCAGCGGAAGAGACUUUAUACACGCAUUGCACUGGGAAAGGCUAGAAGAAUGGAUGUCGUGUGGGGGGAAACUGCUGGAGUAAAAGGUCAAUUAUGGUUGUUAUUGCCCAUUCUCUUCGUCUUGCAGGCUUUUGAAGCAUACGUGGGUGUGCUAUUGCUAAAAACUGCAAUGGUUGGUGUCGUUUCUGAAUGGCAGGUUGUUACCUGUGGGAUCCUUUUGAUAAUUAUGGCCGUGGGGAAUUUCGCAAACACAGUGCAGACUCUUGUACUCAAGUCUCGGUUCAAAGCAAAAAUGAAGAAAGGUAAAAGCAAGAGCGACUUAACUCAGGUAUCCAAGGAUCAAUGAUUCUAAAUAUCGUCUUAAUAAAUCUGAUAUCAGCAUCUGAUGUUGCCCUUUAUUUACGAGUGAGUGUGAACCUUUGGAUUUCAUAAACUGUUAGUUUAGCGCCAGUUUGUACACGAAAUCAAUAAAAACACAUCUGGUUCUUCUUGCA